AUGAGUGACAUUGAUAAACUGACCCAGCUGCUCCUGCAGCAGGCGCAGCUGUCGGCGCAGCGUGAGGAGCGCCUCGGUCAGCUCGUGGAGCGGCUGGUCGCCGAUCGACAGCCGCCCGCUGUCGUCGCCGGGGAUGAGCGAGCCGCUCUCCUAAGCCUCCUGGACGAGGACUGGCACCGGGUGCUGCGUUACGGCCUCAGCGUCACGGACGACUCUCCCCUCUCCGAGGUGGUGGACGCGAUGGAGAGCCACCUCCGAAAACAACGCAGUGUCCUGGUGGACCGUCGGGCCUUCUACGCCCGUGUGCAAGAGGAGGGCGAAAACUUUGAGGAGUUUUUGUGUGGUGCAAAGGAGCUCGCCGCGUUUUGUGACUUUUGCACGCACUGUUACGAUUCACGGUUGCGUGAUAAGAUCGUGUGCGGCCUGCGAGAUGAAGAAACCGUAAAACGGCUGCUGGAGGAUCCGGAACUCGACCUGAAGAAGGCCGUAGAUAUCUGUCCUGGUGUGUUCACCAUGGCGGCCCGGGCCGACUCCGGUGCCGAGGCGACAGUCAUCGGAGAAGACAGCCUGUCUUCUAUCUGCGUGGAACCAGCGCAGUUGGAGCCCUGUAUCGGCCAGCCCUUCUCAGCAGUGGGGAGACACCCGCUCACCUGUAUCGGGUCGUUCCAGGCUGCUCUGGAGCUGGGCGACCGAUCGACCACCGCCGCCGUGUUCGUCAUCAAGGAGAUGACUGGCCUGCUACUCAGCUGGUUCGACUGUUGUUUCCCGCGCGUGUUCGGGCAAGAUUCGACUCUCCGAGUCAUGGACGGCGGCCCGAUGAAGAUCGAACUCCGGCCCGACGCGAGUCCGACGUCGGUCACCGCCGCGAGACCGAUUCCCUUCGCCUGGCGGGCGGAGGUGAAGGCGCAGCUGGACGACCUGCUGAACCGCGGCAUCAUCGUACCCGUGGACUACCCGACGGAAUGGUGUCAUCCCAUUUCGUGCGUGCCGAAGAACCCGUCCGGGUUUCGACUCUGCGUGGACCUGACGGGACUCAAUCGGUACGUGAAUCGACCCACGUACCCCUGCCGGUCUCCUCACGAUGCCGUGACGAGUCUGCCCGCCGGGCACCGAUGGAUGUCGACUCUGGACGCCAAGAUGGGCUACUUCCAGGCGCCGCUCGCUGAGUCAAGUCAGGACCUCACCUGCUUCAUCACGCCGUGGGGCAGGUUCAAGUUCGUCCGCUGUCCGAUGGGAUGUAGUGCGUCUGGAGACGAGUACAACCGGCGCGGCGAUGCAGCGCUCGGCGACAUCCCAAACUGUGUCAAAAUUGUUGAUGACAUCCUGGUCGUGGCACAGACGUACCGGCAGCACCUGCAGCAGGUGAUCGAAGUCCUCCGGCGCUGUGACGACCGAGGAAUCACGCUGAACCCGCAGAAGUUCAAGUUCGCCCAGAAUGAGGUCAAAUUCUGCGGCUACAAGAUCACACCGGCCGGCUACACCACCGACCAUGAGAAGGCCCGCGCCAUCGCUGAUUUUCCGAGACCGGAAAACGUCACCGACCUGCGGUCCUUCAUGGGUCUGGUGAAUCAGCUGAGCGGCCUCACACCGGAGCUGGCAGGCUCGACUCAGGCCUUCAGAGACCUCCUCAAGUCGCGCCGGGUCUGGCGCUGGACUGAGCAGCACGAGGCAGCGUUUCUGCACACGAAGAUUGUGCUGUCGUCACCGCCGGUGAUGGCAUUCUUCGACCCGCAGCUGCCGACCGUGCUACAGACUGACGCUGCUAAAACCCGAGGGCUGGGUUUUGCACUGCUCCAGAAGCACGGCGAGGACUGGCGUGUGGUCCAGUAUGGCUCACGGUUCCUGACAGAUACCGAGAGUCGGUAUGCCGUCAUCGAGGUGGAGCUGGCUGCUGUACUCUGGGCCUGCAAGAAGUGUCAUGUCUACCUGGCUGGCAUGCCGCACUUCGACCUGGUGGUCGACCACCGGCCGCUGGUGACCAUCCUGAACUACAAACAGCUCAACUCGAUCGACAACCCGCGUCUGCAAAGGAUGAGAGAGAAGUUGUCGGCCUACAGCUUCACCACCAGCUGGCAGAAGGGUUCGAGUCACGUGAUCCCAGACGCGCUCUCACGAGCGCCCACCAGUGACCCCGCCGCCGACGACGACGGAGAGGUGGACGCAGCGGACGACCCGCUACACGCCUGCGUCAUUGCCGCGCUGCAGGCCUCCGAUCGGUCGGAAGAUGGCGUCCAGCUGGCCCCGCUGAUCGACUCAGCACUCGAGAGAGUCCGCGCCGCCGCGGAGCGCGACCCCGAGCACCGGGCUCUCAGCGAGGUGAUUCUCGCCGGAUUCCCAGAGAACCGGCACGAGGCGCCCCCGGCAGUGCGAGCUUACUGGGGAGUGCGCCAUCAGCUCGCCAUCGACGACGGGCUGGUGGUAUAUGGCGCUCGGCUGGUCGUCCCGUCCGCCCUCCGGCGCGGUGUGCUGGAGAAGCUCCAUGACUCACACCAGGGCGUCGACCGCACCAAGCGCCGUGCCCGGCUCAGUGUGUACUGGCCGGGCAUAGACAAACAGAUCGCUGACACCGUCGCCGCCUGCGCUCAGUGCCGUCAGCGCCUGCCCAGCCACGCCCGGGAGCCGAUGUGGCAGGAGGACGGCGCACCGACGCGCGUCUUCGAAUCAGUCUCGGCCGACUACUUCUCCGCUGGAGGACACACGUACCUGGUGUACGUGGACCGGCUGUCCGGGUGGCCGUAUGUCACUGUGUGUCCCCGCACGGCCUCGGCGGACCACCUGACGCGGCAGCUCCGACUGAUGUUCUCGCAGACGGGCGUCCCGACCGUGUUCCGGUCAGACGGCGGACCCCAGUUUGCAUCGGGCACGCUCCGCCGGUUCCUCCAGCGCUGGGACGUACGACAUGAGAUGUCAUCACCGCACUACCCGCGCUCUAACGGGCACGCGGAGGCCUGCGUGAAGACAGCAAAGAAGCUGGUGCUGGCUGCGUCUUCAUCGGGCCAACUGGACCAGGACCAACUGGACCGAAGUCUGCUCGAACUCCGUAACACGCCCCGAGCAGACGGCCGGUCGCCGGCACAGGUCCUCUUUGGCCACCCUCUUCGGUCCGGUGUGCCCACGCACCACCGCGCCUUCGCCCCUGAGUGGCAGCGAGCAGCCGAUGUCUGUGAGGAAAAGGCUGCCGAGCUCCAGGAGCAGGCGGUCAGGCGAUACGACGAGAGCACCCGCCGGCUGUCACCGCUCAAGAUCGGCAGCCGGGUCGACCUGCAAGACCCCACCACCGGCCGAUGGAACCGGAUCGGAGUGAUCGUGGGCGUCGCGCCGCGCUCCUGGCCGGCUCCGAGUUCAAUGGGGUGCGACCUCGUAUGA